AUGACGACGAUCGGGAGCAAGUCAAGAAGCAACAAGGACAAGUCGGUGGAUUCCGAGAAGAGUGCAGUGAGGACGGCGACGAUGGAAAGCUGGGCAGAUGCGAUGCAGAAUCAGGUAACGCUGAGAGAGCGAAAGAAGCUUGUCAAAGGUUACGCUGAUUUCAUCGGAACCAGUGAGACAGUCGUGGAGAGUGUGCGUGAGCAGUUGGGCGUGCACAGCAAAUGUUCAGAGAGACAGAAAGAUGUGAUCGUGAAGCCAAUGAAAGAGUUUGUCAGCGAAUUGACAAAGCGCUACAACGAGCUGGGCAGUGGAAAGUGGGAGCGCGUUGUGAUGCGCAUAAUGCGAGAAAACGGGCUGGAAAAAUUGGAAGACUUGCGGGAUAGAGAGCAAGCAGAAUUCGAGGAAAAUCUGGAGCGAACAAGCAGAGAAAAGGAGUUGUUGGUCGAGAAGCUUGAAGAAGCGUGGAGAGCCGCCGAGAAGGCAGAAGAAACGAUUGAGGAGCUGGAAAGGGCACUGCUGAAGGAAAGGAAAACGUCGGAAAAGUGGAAAAGCCAAUGGGAAAGAGAAGGUAAGAAGAAAGAAAUACAGUCAAGAAAUAAAGAGAAAAUUCAGGUGCACUCAAGGAGAUCGUCGUCAAGGAGUUCGAAUGGUUCGUCGGUGAAUAAUUGGGAAGUGAAGAGCAGUGUGGGGGAUUUUCCGCGAGUCAGCGAAAGAAGAAAGUGUGAGCGCGACAGUGAGAGAUGUUCGCGAGUGUCACGGGACAGUUCGCGAAUGGAUUUAGAGCGAAAGCAAAAGCAGCCGAUGUGGGAGUUUUUGAUGUCUGUGGAGAAAUGGUCGAAGAGAGCGUUUCCACAUCUGGAAGAAGAGACACUGUCACAGCUGAGAGUCACAAAGCUUAUGAGAGCGCUGCGGGAUGAUCCGACGAUGCAAAAACUGAUGACUAUGAAGCGAUACGAGGUGGCGAAAAAGGAUCAGUACGAGUUCCUUAAGGAUAUCGUUCUUCAGCAAGAGAACGAAGACAAGAGAAGGCAAGGGCUCGGAAAAUCGGAUCGACACGAAAAGAAGGAGAAUAGCUGGAAAAAGGAGAAGAGCAAGGAGGUGAAACAAGGAGACACGGAAACGGAAAAGAAUGGGUCAGAAGACAGUAGCCAUGGGAACAGAAGUGAGAGUAGUGAUCAAUGGAGAGCGUCAAUAAAAUGUUAUAAAUGUCAAGUAAUGGGGCAUAUAGCUAGAGAUUGCGAUGCAAAAGUGAUUCACCACGUGGAAACUGAUGGAACAGGAAGUGGCGUGGGCGCGAAAAUGAGGGAACAAGUUGAAUUGUUGGGUCAGAAGCGCAUAAUGGUUAUCGACAGUGGCGCAGAAGUAUCUGUCAUGUCGACAAAAGUGUGGGAUGCACUGAAGAAAGGUUGUGUGAACUGGAGGCAGAGAGUCGAAGUACUGACGAAGCCAGUGUUCGCCUUGAGGAAUGCCUCAGGGAAGAAGAUGCCGGUGAAAGAACAACUAAAGAUGCCAAUCAUGGUGAGAGGAAACAAGGCUGAAGUGUGGUUCCAACUGGUGGAAGAUAGAGCGGAAAUUCUCUUGUUGGGAACGAAUGCUUUUGAAAGUAUCGGUGUUGAGCUGGCAUGGAAGCCAAAGCAGGAAGAGCGCGUAAAGAAAGAGGGAAAAGGUCCAAAAGCGAAAUGGGAGAGAAAUGCUGAGCGUGCGAAGUGUGAGACAAGUAGCGCUACAGUUAAUCAUAUCAUGACUGAGGGAAAUGUUGUUGAAUACAAUCAUUUUUGCAGAAAGCUGAUGGAAGAAGGAGGCGGAUGUAAAAAAGGAAAGUGCACAGUCCAAGAAGGAGACAACGUUUGUUCAAGUGUGCAACAACUCGGAGUGGUGCUGUCAGCCAAAGGAAAAGGUGUGGAUUUGGAAAAGGGGAAUUUGUUAAAAUAUUCCAAAGAAUUCCAGGCACAAAUGACAACGGUGGAGAAGGAGGAAGCGUUGCAGAAGUUUGCAAAGGAGUGUCCCCAAGUGGCAGAGGCAAUUAGGAAGGAAGGUGCAUACGCAGGAUGGGAAGAAGCAGCGGUGAAGAUCAGAUUGGCGCUGAAGAGUGAGAUCAAGCCAAGGAAGACGAUCAUCAAGGAGCCAGCAUUGAUAGUUUCCCCAAGAUUGAAAAUCUCGGGAAGAAGAAACAUUCUGGAAGUUCGGAAUUCGCAUGGACGCGAUUUCAUUGAGAAGUACGAGUGGAAGGAUGUGAAGAAUGUGCUCUGGUUGUGGAGAGUCACAAAGGACGAGAAGGUCAACCAAAAGAUCUUCGAAAUGAUCAAGAAGUUAGCAGAAGAAGUACCAGAGGUCACGAUGAUGCCAUGCAAGCUGGAAUGUGUCAUGAAAGAAGUGGAUGCGGUGACAGAGGAUUGGAGAAAGAGGCUGAAGACGUUGAACAACGUGAAGCUCAUUGAUCCAAAGAAGGAAGUCGGAAAGCGGAAGAUGCCGCUCAUUGGGACAUCAUCGGAUGCGUAUGAGUCGAAAGAAUCGCUGAUCGACAGAGCCGCCGAAAAAUCGCAGACGACAUUGCUCGGACGUUACACAGUCUUUAUCCGCGCUAGAGCAGUUAUGAUCUCAAAAGGAUACAUCGCACAGCUGGAAGAGACAAAUUGA